GGAGGGAAUGGUCGUCGCACUUGGACGCCCGAUCAGUGGAGGCCGCUGUGUCUGUUCCAUCAAAAGUCAAUAGCGACGACCCUCGCGCACAGCGUCAGCGGUCAAACACUGCCGCCGACGACGCAGGCAGGACGCACUAUCGUCGUAGCGCGCGCGCGAUAUAUAAAGGCCAUACCAAAGAGCUCGAGAAACAAGAUGGGUAGGAGAAGCAGCCAGUUUCCGUCAAUGGCACUGGCCAUGGCCACGGUGCUGAUGGCACUGGGCGGGGUAGCCGCCACAGCGCGCGCCGGCGGCGGCAUCGCCAUCUACUGGGGCCAGAACGGCAACGAGGGGACGCUGGCGCAGACCUGCGCCACGGGCAACUACAGGUUCGUCAACGUGGCCUUCCUCCCGACGUUCGGCAGGGGCCAGACGCCGGCGCUGAACCUGGCGGGCCACUGCGACCCGGCGAGCGGCGGGUGCACGGGCGUGGGCGCGGACGUCAAGGCGUGCCAGCGCAUGGGCGUCAAGGUCCUGCUCUCCAUCGGCGGGGGCGUCGGCAGCUACGGCCUCUCGUCCCGGGCCGACGCCCGGAGCGUCGCGGCGUACCUCUGGGACAACUACCUCGGCGGCGGCGGGUCCGAGUCCAGGCCCCUCGGCGACGCCGUCCUCGACGGCGUCGACUUCGACAUCGAGAGCGGCGGGGGCAUGUACUGGGACGACCUGGCCCGGUUCCUCAAGUCCUACUCCCGGCGCGGGCGCGGGCGCGCGCGGAGGCCCGUGUACCUGUCGGCGGCGCCGCAGUGCCCGUUCCCGGACGCGUCGCUGGGCACCGCGCUCGCCACGGGGCUGUUCGACUACGUGUGGGUGCAGUUCUACAACAACCCGCCGUGCCAGUACAGCGCGAGCGCCGGCGUGGGCAGCCUGGCGCAAGCGUGGGCGCAGUGGACGUCCAUCAGGGCGGGGCGGGUGUUCCUCGGCCUCCCCGCCGCGCCCCAGGCCGCUGGCAGCGGGUUCGUGCCGGCGAGCGACCUCGUGGCGCAGGUGCUGCCGGUGGUCAAGAACUCCACCAAGUACGGGGGCAUCAUGCUCUGGUCGAGGUACUACGACGGGCUCACGGGGUACAGCGACGCGGUCAAGUCCUACGUGUGAGCUAGGCAGCCUCGUGUCAUGUCGGGCGUGCAGGAGGGAGUAGGACUGUAGGAGGCACAUGCUUCCAUGUGCGUGCACGUGCGGGGCGUUAUCAUACCUAUGGGUAUACUGGGUCGCUAUUCGCUAAGGAAGAGACUGGAAAGAAGCAAAUCGCAAAUACAGCUUCUUACUACUACUUUGCAAACUUCAGUUCGUUUCGGAUGAUCACCUUUUUUUCAGAUUCAGAACAUUUGUGCCUUAAAGUACACUAGAUUGUUGCUGCUGCUGCUAUAGACAGGGACUAUUCCGACACACACACACACACACAGACAGUUCAGAGAUAGAUGGCACAAAACGAAGUUCAGAAUUGUUCCU